AGUAUGAAAAUUACACAACCUUCUCUUCGUUGUUAUCCGCGUCUUUUCUCUCCCUGAGCUCUUCUUCAUUCUUUUUUAAAACUUCGCUUGCUCUUCUGCAUUGUAUCUACUUUUCCUUCUCUCGUCAUCGAUAAAAAACGGUUCUCAUGUCCAUGCAGAAGUACACUCUGGUGACUGCGGUGGUGGCGUGCGGGCCAGCCAUUUUUGCCGUUGCUCAGGGGGAGUCAGCCGCGUCGACGACGACGACGACCACGAAGACGCCCGUGCCGGUGAAUCUGGGCCAGAACAUCGUGACGACCGUGCUGAUUCUGGGUGUGACGACUGGGGUGACGCUCGUCUACGUGCUCACGAAGCUGAUCCCGAAGAUGCGCCGCGGUGAGAUUUCGCUGUCGAAGAUCGAGUUCGACUGGCGCGCGGAGCUGCUGAACCAGACGUCGAAGAAGGAGAAGGCGCGCCGUGCGGAGGAGAUGGCGGUCAGGCGUUACGGUGAAGUGGACGAGAGCGGCAUGCGUACCUCGUCGGAAACCCAGCCACGCGUGCAGAUACGCGGGGCGGACAAGGCGGAUGAGGCGGACAAGGCGGCAGAGGAGAUAUACAGCUCUCGCAACACCCGUGAAGAGGAGGAUGCGCAUGUUACGUUCCCCCGCGAGCACCGCGAAUAA